CCGACUUAACAUGACAUAAAUCGGGUCGGAUCGGACCCAAUAAUAAAAAAGAAUUCGCGGAAUUGCGAUUUGUCGAAUUGCAGAACAACAAAAACCCUAGAACUCCUCCAAUUUGGGUUCGAAAAGUUGCACUGUUCGCGGUUGGGGAGGUGAAUUCGUGGUUCCAUGGCGGACAUAGACGAGGGCCUAAAGAAACUCGAGUAUCUCUCCCUGGUUUCGAAGGUAUGUACCGAACUCGAGACUCAUUUAGGGUUUGAAGAUAAAGUUUUGGCUGAAUUUAUCAUUGAAAUCGGUAGAAAUUGUGAGGAUGUAGAUCAGUUUGAUUCCAAGCUUAAAGAGAAUGGCGCUGAGAUGCCUGAUUAUUUCGUUCGUACCCUCCUCACUAUAAUCCACGCCAUUCUACCUCCUAAACCUAAGUCGAAAUCUGAUGAUGAUGCUAGUAAAAAAUCGGGUUAUUUUGGAUUGAAAAUUGCUGAUAGCAGGGAGAGGGUUAAGGAGUUGGAGCGAGAAAUCGCUUUGGAAGUUAAGGAGAAACAAUCUACACAAGGGAGAGAAGAGGAAGAAGAUAGAUACAGAGAUAGGCGGGACAGGGACAGAGAUAGGGAUAGGGACAGGAGAAGGGAUCGAGAAAGAGAUAGGCACAGAGACCGAGAUGGGGACAGGGAUAGAGAUAGAGGUAGAGAAAGGGGUAAAGAUAGGGGAAGAGGUAGAGACAGGGAUGAUGGUUAUGAGGAUGAUAGAGGCUUGGAAAGGCAUAGGCCAAAUAGUAGACAUGAAAGGAACGGGGGAGAAAGUUAUGCUGGAGGCGAACGGGAGAGCGAUGAUACAAGGGGAAGAAACAAUGAUUGGCACCGUGGAGGAGAUGAGGUGGAACUUUAUGGGGUGUAUAAAGGAAGGGUGUCAAGAGUCAUGGAAACUGGUUGCUUUGUACAACUGAGUGGCUUUAGAGGAAAGGAGGGAUUGGUGCAUGUUUCGCAGAUGGCGAGCAGGAGGAUAGCAAAUGCCAAGGAUGUCGUGAAGAGGGAUCAGGAAGUUUUUGUGAAGGUCAUCUCCAUGAAUGGACAGAAAUUGAGCUUGUCGAUGAGGGAUGUUGAUCAAAAUACGGGAAAGGAUUUGCUCCCACUGAAGAAGAAUGCUGAGGAUGAUCGUUUUAGGGUGAAUCCAAGCAGCAAUGGUGGGCCUGUUUCUAGGACAGGGCUCUCUGGCAUUCGAAUCACUGAUGAAGAUGAUUCUGUUCCUUCAAGGAGGCCGUUGAAGAGAAUGAGCUCACCCGAGAAAUGGGAGGCGAAGCAGCUUAUUGCUUCUGGGGUUUUGGGUGUUAAAGAGUAUCCCAUGUACGAUCAGGAAGCAGAUGGGCUAAUGUUUGACGAGGAAGGUGCUGAGGAGGAGCUAGAAAUUGAACUGAAUGAAGAUGAACCUGCUUUUUUGCAAGGUCAGAGCCGGUAUUCCAUUGACAUGUCUCCGGUCAAGAUUUUCAAGAAUCCUGAAGGGUCGUUGAGUCGUGCUGCAGCACUUCAAUCAGCUUUGAUAAAAGAAAGAAGAGAAGUGAGGGAACAACAACAGAGGACAAUGUUGGAUUCUAUUCCAAAAGAUUUGAAUAGGCCUUGGGAAGACCCAAUGCCUGAGAAUGGUGAGAGGCAUUUGGCACAGGAGCUUAGAGGUGUUGGAUUGUCGGCAUAUGACAUGCCAGAAUGGAAAAAGGAUGCUUAUGGGAAAGCUCUUACUUUUGGGCAAAGAUCCAAGCUUUCUAUUCAGGAGCAGAGACAGAGCUUACCCAUUUAUAAGUUAAAGAAUGAGCUUGUUCAGGCUGUUCAUGAUAACCAGGUUCUGGUUGUUAUUGGGGAGACAGGUUCGGGCAAGACGACACAAGUCACUCAGUAUUUGGCUGAGGCUGGAUAUACUACCAAGGGAAAGAUCGGGUGCACACAGCCUCGUAGAGUAGCUGCCAUGUCUGUGGCUAAGAGGGUCGCCGAGGAGUUUGGUUGUAGAUUGGGUGAGGAGGUUGGAUAUGCUAUCCGUUUUGAGGAUUGCACUGGGCCUGAGACUGUGAUUAAGUACAUGACCGAUGGCAUGUUGCUGAGGGAGAUUCUGGUUGAUGAGAGUUUGUCGCAGUACUCAGUGAUCAUGUUGGAUGAAGCUCAUGAGAGGACAAUCCACACAGAUGUACUGUUUGGACUCCUUAAACAACUUAUCAACCGGAGACCUGACCUUCGGCUUAUUGUCACAUCUGCCACUCUGGAUGCCGAGAAAUUCUCAGGCUAUUUCUUUAAUUGUAACAUAUUCACCAUUCCUGGAAGAACUUUCCCUGUGGAAAUACUUUACACGAAGCAACCAGAAAGUGACUACCUUGAUGCAUCUCUUAUCACAGUUUUGCAAAUCCACUUGACUGAACCUGAAGGUGAUAUCCUCCUCUUCUUGACUGGUCAGGAGGAGAUCGAUUAUGCAUGCCAGUGUCUCUAUGAGAGGAUGAAAGGACUGGGUAACAAUGUUCCUGAGCUAAUUAUCUUACCAGUAUAUAGUGCCCUUCCUAGUGAGAUGCAGACAAGAAUUUUUGAACCUGCCCCACCAGGGAAGAGGAAGGUGGUUGUUGCGACUAACAUAGCCGAGGCUUCAUUGACCAUUGAUGGUAUUUUCUAUGUCAUUGAUCCUGGAUUUGCGAAGCAAAAUGUUUAUAAUCCUAAACAGGGGCUGGAUUCCCUUGUUAUAACACCCAUCUCACAAGCUUCUGCGAAGCAGAGGGCAGGACGAGCUGGACGUACAGGACCAGGAAAGUGCUACCGCCUCUACACAGAAAGUGCCUUCCACAAUGAAAUGUCCCCAACGUCAAUACCAGAAAUUCAAAGGAUAAACCUUGGGAACACUGUGCUUAACAUGAAAGCUAUGGGGAUUAAUGAUCUUUUGUCCUUUGACUUCAUGGACCCUCCUUCUCCUCAAGCUCUCAUAUCUGCAAUGGAACAGCUGUACAGUCUUGGGGCUUUGGAUGAAGAGGGGCUUCUUACUAAAUUGGGUAGAAAAAUGGCAGAAUUCCCUCUUGACCCGCCUCUAUCUAAGAUGCUCCUUGCUAGUGUGGAUCUUGGUUGCAGUGAUGAAAUCUUGACGAUAAUUGCCAUGAUUCAAACUGGGAAUAUCUUCUACAGACCCAGGGAAAAACAAGCUCAAGCUGAUCAAAAAAGGGCCAAGUUCUUCCAGCCUGAGGGAGAUCACCUGACAUUGCUAGCUGUUUACGAGGCUUGGAAGGCAAAGAACUUUUCUAGUCCAUGGUGUUUUGAAAAUUUUGUUCAGUCGCGAUCUUUGAGGAGGGCUCAGGACGUCAGGAAGCAACUUUUAUCCAUUAUGGACAAGUACAAGUUGGAUGUUGUGAGCGCUGGGAAGAAUUUCACAAAGAUAAGGAAGGCCAUAGCUGCUGGAUUCUUUUUCCAUGCUGCCAGGAAGGAUCCACAAGAGGGUUAUAGGACUCUUGUGGAGAACCAGCCUGUGUAUAUUCAUCCUAGCAGCGCUCUUUUCCAGAGGCAGCCAGACUGGGUUAUAUACCAUGAAUUGGUUAUGACCACAAAAGAGUAUAUGCGGGAGGUCACUGUGAUAGAUCCGAAGUGGCUGGUUGAGUUGGCACCGAGAUUCUUCAAGGUGUCAGAUCCGACAAAAAUGAGCAAGCGAAAGAGACAAGAGCGCAUUGAACCACUUUAUGAUCGAUAUCACGAGCCUAACUCAUGGCGUCUUAGUAAAAGAAGGGCUUGAGGGGUACUUUAUUUGUAUAACUUCUCUUUUAGCAGAGCAACUUCUUUUUUAGCAGAGCAACUUCUUUUAUUAUAUUGUAUUAUGGGGAAGGCAGUCCGUUUUGAGCUGAAGUCAUGGCAUUAUCGAUCUUUUCCUCACUUCAGUUUUGUAGGUGCAUUUCUUUCGUUCCUACUUUUUAGUAGUCGAAAGUUUUAUUGGCAUUGAUUGGAACUUGAUUUGAACUGAAAAGCUAACCAGUUCAUUUGUUUGACAAGGUCGACCUUUAGCAAAGGAAAUGCUGUACAUUUCAGUAUAUGUGUUUUGGACAAAAAAGGAACAUGAUAAUCCUGUUCUUUUACAUGGAAUAUCUGUCUGCUUUCUUGUUCCUCUGCUCCUGCAUUGUCUCUUUAUGGUUUUUCAUAUGUUUAUUCUCAGUGGUAUCUUUGAUUUUCACCG